CUUACUACAGCGCUUCGCGUGUUUUGAUAGUGAUUCCUUCGUUGCUGUUGCGUUUUUGUUGAUAUUUUAGGAAGUGCAAGUUGGUCUGUAGAUUUCUUCUGAUCCAUUCGUCAGAUUUUCUACCGUCUAGCUCUGAUCCGAUUCAUUUUCUACCAAAGAAUUCAUUGCGCAGGUGGACUUGUUGAUAAGUUUUGUUUUGUUAUCAUUGUUCUGGGCGAUUUGGCUCUAGUCAUGUGAAUUUUUUUCUGUCAAGGAGAGUUCAGGAUUAAUUCGGCAAAAUGAACAACGGUUUUAGCACAGGAGAGGAGGACUCUCGAGGCCCUUCCGAUCAAAUCUGCUGUUUAGUGGAUGACGGAUUUCGGUGUCAUCGGCAGGCAGGCAAUGCAUCAUACAGUAAAAGGAUUCAGAAAACUGUAACACAGCGGCGGCUGAAGCUUAACUUAGACCCUGUUGCACGCCACAUCUAUAUCUGUGAUUAUCACAAGGGUGUGAUUCAGUCUGCAAGGAGCAAGCGGCGCAGGAACAAAGACUCGGAGGAUGACUCCAACGAAACAGACACAGAUGUCCCGGAUGUAGAUUUGCUUCAGCUACAAGUUAAUACAUUGCGGCGCUACAAGCGGCAUUUCAAGGUCACCACAAGGCCAGGAAUUAAUAAAGCUCAGCUAGCUGACACCCUCCUCAAGCAUUUCAAAACGAUUCCGGUCAUUGAAAAAGAAGCUUUGUCAUUCUUUAUCUACAUGGUCAAGUCGAACAGCAAUAAAUUGGACCACAAGAAUGGCAACAACACGGACACAACUUAACACUCAGAAGUGCAAACUUGUUUUAUUUAUUUUUACUUUUAACUUAAUUUAUUUUCAUCAUGUGCCGUGUUUCAUCGAACACCAUGAGCUUUUUAUACUGUGCACUGAGCUAGGGGUGCAGAAAGUUCCAAAAUGCUAACCGUUUGCUGUGAUUUGGUGUCUUUUACUACAAGGUGAAGCGUCCAAUUUUGCAGCAAAACGUCGUCCUUUCUUGCAAAUUGUGCGAUUUGUCCUACUUUUUAAAGGACCAAGCCAAAAAAAAAAAAAGAAAAAAGACAUUACUUAUGAAGAUUGCCUCAUGACCCAAAAUUUUCCUCACUUAUGCUGAAGUCCUAUGAUCGCAAAAUUGGGCAUUUUCUCCAUGCCCUGCUGUGAGCAUUUUCCCAAAUUAUUCCUCUUUCGUGGUUUCAAAUGAAGACAGUAACAAGGAUUUGAAAUGUUUAUUUUAUUUUUAUUUUUUUGGUGGAGAAUGAAAGUUUGAGUGAACUGCCAUCUUUAAUAUUUUGAUUUUGUUCACUAGUGGCUACACAGUCAGAUCCCAGAGUUCAUCUUUGUCUUAAACUUAAUUUUGAAAUAAAUUUCAUAACUAAAAAUGU